AUGACCGUGAUUUCUUCAAUGGCUUCUGCAGCCUGGGAAAAAGAGUCUGAGGAAGUUAAGACAGAGUAUAAACGUAUUUCAAAAGAAGCUCAUUUGAAAAAGAAGGCAAUCAGAAAAAAUACAUUUAACAGCGAUGAAGAGGAGGAGGAAGAUUACGAUAACGAUGAUUCUGGUAGUUAUGUUUUGAAGUCAUGGAAUAGUAAAAAAAGAGCAAGAUCAUAUCAGGAAAGUGUAAGAAUUGAUUUUGAAGUUGUCGAACAAGAUGAUGAAAACCCAUUGCCGGGUUUUAUUGAUCCUAUUACAUUAGAAGAAGUUAAUCGUCCAGCAAUUUCUCCUUAUGGACAUGUGAUGGGAAAAAAUUUAAAAAAAUCCUAUAAAGCAAUGGUUAUUGAUUUUGGUGAUUCUGAUUUUAAAAUGUUAUUAUUUGAUGUUGAUGGUGAUAAUGUUGAAAUAUUGUUAUUAGGUGAUGAUGGUAAAGACUUAGAUUUAGAGGGUGAUGAUGGAUUAGAUGUAGAAGACAAAGCUGAUGAUGAAUUUGAUAAAAUUGAAAAACUUGAGGAUUCAUUGGUGCAUAUUGAAGAGGAAGAAUCAAGUUCAGUCCUCAAAAUUGUCAAGGAAAGUCUUGGUAAUCAACUUACAAUAAAUAAUAAUCUGGAGAAUAAAUUAAUUAACACAAUAGAAGCAAAAUCACAAAUGAUCUAUAAUUAUGCCAAUGGUUCAAGGGUUGUGUUUAUUGGUAGACUAAGGAUUCGUCUUAAUUUAAGUACAAUGAUAGAGUAUUUUGAAUUCCUUACAGAUGAUUAUAUAGAAUAUGUGCCAAGAAAUAUAGAGACGUCAUGUCUUAUUACUGAAUAUGGAAUAACGAUGAAAACUUUAAGAUGCUUAGAGGUUGCUGAAAUUGUGCUUACAUUAAAUGAUAUAAUGUCGAUGACUAUUGAGCAGAAGAAAGGACCUCAAUGUCCUUUUCUUCCAAAUAGAUGUAUUAUAUCCACAGCUUCAUGA